CUAGACUUCAACUCGAUUCUCUCUCAGCACAACCUCGAGAAGACAUACUCCUACUCUCUCAUUCUCAAAUAAACACCGAGAAGAACAUUCAUCAUGGCUUCGACACUACCCACCAUCCGCAUUGGCUACGUUCCUGAACACUACCUCACCCCUCUUCACCUCGCCGUCCGCUCUUCCGCCGUCUCCUCGCUCCCAUUCAAGCUCUCCCUGACCCCGUUUCCCUCUGGGACGGGACAUAUGAUCACCUCACUUCGCGAAAAGGAAAUCGAUGUUGCAAUCGGGUUGACGGAAGGUUGGGUUGCCGGGCUUGCUGGCAAGCAACAGGCCCAGAAGGAUCCGGCUGCUGGCGGCUACAAGGUGGUAGGACACUGGGUUGACACUCCGUUGCGGUGGGCAAUUGUCACUGGCCGCGAGAGGAACAACAUCACUAGUGUGUCUGAUCUGAAGGGUCAGCGAGUGGGGAUCAGUCGACCGGGAAGCGGCUCCCACAUCAUGUCCUUUGUUCUCGCUCAGCAACAAGGCUGGGACUCUGAUUCAUUGACCCCUACCGUCCUUGGUCCUUUCCAGGUCCUGCGCAACGGCGUCACUGGAGACGAGCAGCCUUCUCAGACCCCAACGGCCGAGUUCUUCAUGUGGGAGCACUUCACCACGAAGCCUUUCUUCCACCCUACCCCCCAAAACCCCCAACCACCUCUUAAGAAAUUCGGCGAGAUCUUCACUCCAUGGCCAUCCUGGUUGCUCGUCGCAUCGACCUCGACUUUCCCGGACCCGGAAAGCGAUGAGAAGCUCCAGCAGCUCUUCCAGGCUCUUGACAAGGGCAUUCAGGAGUUUGAGGCCGAUCAGGCGCAGGUGGUUAAGCUACUUGGCACGGGUGAAUUGGGAUGCACGUAUGUCCAGGAGGAUGCAACGGAGUGGUUGAAGGAUGUAAAAUUUACCAACGCUACGCGUGGAAUUGAUUCGAAGGUCGUGGAGGAUGUUGUUGAUAUUCUCAAGGUUGCGGGUGUCAUUGACACGUUGAUGAGCAACGAUGAAGCUAUAAAUCGGGUGGUUGGUAUUAAGCGGUAAGCUGGGAAGGUCUACGACUAUGUUUUCACUGAAUAUUUGACGUUUAUGCGAAAUGAGACUACACAUGAAUUAUCAAUGCAUUAUGGGAACCUUACGCAUUGUACAUAUAUUUCUGGGCUACUAUGUUAUAUCCCUUUACCUGCUUUAGUGGGCAGCCGGCGGCGCACCAUAAGGAGCGUCCGUUUUCGGGGUGUCUCAAAAGGACCAAACGAGGCACUAACACGUAUUUUAAAGGCUAACAAUAACACCGAUCUCCCACCACGGCACGGCAUUGGCAGGAAAUGUGGUUGGGCU